ACGGGACCGAGAAAAUGGCGAAUAUGGACGAGUUUAAAUAGGGAUUUAACGUAAUAUGGACACGUUAAGCAGUUUUGAUAUCGAAAUAAGUUUGGGCGUGUUUCUUUUCUACGUCAGGUGCCAUGUUAAUUAACGGUGAGCGCUACACCUGUGUUACACUGGUCGAAGCUAGUUUGUAAUCACGUAAACUUUAGUCUUGGUAGCUAUGCUAGCUAGCUAGCUGGCGUUAGCAGGAUAGCUAGAAACAUGAAGUGUCCUUAGUUGGCAGACGUGAAUGGCGUCCCUGUGCCCACACAGCGAUAUAACAGCGGACCUGAAUACAUUGGAGCACGGCUGACCUGUGUUCAUGGCUUAUCGUUGAGUUAAGGUCUCUGGGACACCGUAGUAGACGUUAUGGCUCUAAACAACUUGGUUUUUGUUAUCGAUGUGGAUUACGGAGAUCAACUGGAAGUCAAGAACCAUCUCCUGAAACGAGGAAUAUUACAAACCCUACUGCAUUUCGGCUACAAGUAUGGAUUUGACAAAGUUCGCUGGGGUUAUAAAUUCUUUCAAUCCAAGACUGGCCGCAAUGCGAGCCUUCUAUCAAGGGGAUCGGACUUUAAGGAGCUUCGCCACAAAACGUUUGAGGACUUUGAAAUAGAGUUUGAAGCAAAGUUUGACCUGAAGGAUAAACCGUGCCCGUCCCAGCAGCAGAAGCAGCAAUACAAUCAUUCUGCCUCCGUUCAAAACGCACUCAAAGAGACCCUGCUGGACUUCCAGUGGGACAGACCAGACAUCACAUCUCCCACUAAACUGUCCUUGAGGCCGCGGAAGUCGAGCCGAGCUGGAAAGCCCAGCAUUUCACAGGAGGAGGAUGUUUCAAAUAACUGGAGGAAUGUGGUGUUUGUUGUGUCGGAGUGUCCACGUUCCAGGACACAACUUGUGGACUAUCUUUCUUUGGGAAACCGUGACCUGCCGACAGAUGUGACAGAGCACAUAUUACCCAGGGUGCUUCACGACAUGCUGAUUCAGCGACAGGUAGUGCUGCACUGGAUUGACAGUAGAUCACAUGUUCAGGUCAUGAGUUGUGAGGAUCACCUCGGCUUUGACAAGCUGUCUGAGGUCCUAGCUCAGCUGGGUGGCAGAGUGAUCCCCGUGGUUGCAAUGCUGAACCUCUGCUCCAGUCAUAAUCCAGAUGCAGGCUUCAGGAGAGAGGCUUUUGCAUUCAAGUCCAGCAUUGAAUACUUGCUGUCUUCUGAAAGGCAGCACCGCUUGGCUUUUCCUGUCAUAGGUGGUGUUCUGCGGUGGGAGCAAGGUGACAUGACACAGAGCUGUGGCAUCAUGGUUGAGCCAGUGUCUCGCAGACAGAGGCUUCUCCCAGAGUCGGUGGAAGUGUGUCUAAAAGGAGUGCUGCGGGACUGGGAUGACUCGUCACUCAGACAGACAUCCACAGAGUCAUGGGUGCUACAGUGCUCCAGCAGCAAUGACCAGGGAGCAGCUGCUGCCUUCCAGCAGCUCCUGAUGGAGCUGUCUUCUCAUGCUCUGCACAUGCUCUCUGAGGUGAAUGACAGCGGCCUGGUGUGCUCGGCUGUCCUCUCGCCCAUGUCACACUCGACAGCUCUGCUCACCGUCCUCCAGUCUGAAGUCACUGAGCACGACCAGUUCCUGACCACCGAAGUCAUUACACCGGCCACAGCGGAAACCUCAGCUGAACUACCAGAUAUUGUGAGCAGUGUUCUGGGAGUAGUGUAUGACAUCAUGGAGGAGGAGGACACUGUUGAUGACCAACCAAAGGAUCAUCCGGUUCCUGAGUGGGCUCAGCAGGAAGUCAGCCAUUGCCCGCUGACAACCGGCGUGUUGGAGAGUUGGUUCCCUCAGUCAGACCAGUCAGGAGUGAGUUCCCAUUUAAUGGAGUCAAUGAGGUUGCUGGAUGCAGUGCCAGAGCAGAGGGACGAGGAGGAGCAGUCUGUCCUACAGCAGGAGCUGAUCAGCGGUCUGGCUGAAUUGUAUCAAACAUCCCGGGGAGCAGAUGCCAAGAGGGGCAAGAAACGUGGCGCCCAGCGCACACCAGUGAAACAGAAGAUGAAGACAAUGAGCCGCUCAUUGCAGAUGCUGAAUGUGGCGCGGCUGAAUGUCAAAGCCCAAAAGAACCAGGCCGAGGCGGAGCAGCUUGGUGCCGAGUGCAGAGGACCAGAGAGACCGGGGAAGAGACGGUCAAGUGACCGGAACAAGUCUGGAGGAACCACCACCAUCAGUUUCGCUAGUGAGGCAGAGCUGCUGUCCCAUCUGAAAUGCAGUUAUGAGAAGACGAUGGCAGAGAGAGACUCGUCCCUCCUCACCGCUGUCCACCAGCUCCUGUUCACUGUGAAAACCUUCCUCGGGACAGAAUCAGACCUGCAGGUAAAGACCUCCGUGUUUGUCCAGCAGCACCUUCUCAAGUCCGGCAAAUCAGUCAGGCAGCUCUAUGGCUCGGCUGCUGACGUCGAUGGCAAAGUCAGAGAGUGCAAGCUUCAGGCGCUGCUGAGGUUGGACUUGUGCAGACUUUUCUCCACGGAGCAGUCUGACUCACUGGAUGUUGAUCAGAUGGCAGAGGAGGUGGCUGAAAUGCUCAGGAUUAUCUCCUUAACUAAAGACCCAGUUUGCCUUGCAAGGUUCCUGGGAGAUGAAGUCCUCCCAGGCUUCCUGACCGCCGUCCCCAGAGUGCUUGCAGACAUCUACCACAGUCUGGGCACCCAGCUCCCUGAGGCUCUGGUGGCUGUUCUGCCUUCUGACGUCUUCAGCGACGAGUCGGUGGCCAAGGACAGCAUUUCUCCGUCAGCCUCCUCACCGCCUCUGUCCACACGCAGCAUGCUUUCAGACGGCAGUGAUCGUCUGCAGGACCUGCGAAAUCGCUCAGCCAGCAAGAGGAGGAGUGGGAUGCUGACUCGUCACCGCAGCAUGACUGAAUCAUCACAGAGUCUUCGCCAAAUAGAGAUCCCCAAAAAGACUACAAGAGCUUCCAAAUCAAAGGUCUCCGUUGCUUUGGAGAAAACUGUUGCAGAACCACAACCUAAACCUCAGAAACAAGAAACACAAGAGGUGACAAAGGUGAGAAGAAACCUGUUCAACGAAGAGAUCGUUUCCCCCUCAAAGAAAGCCAAGCUGCCAAGGAGCCAGUCUGUGUCCGCAGUGGAAGGCUUGAAACGCAAGCGGGCUCUUGAAUCUGAAGAGAGGCACAAACUUCUGACAAAGAAAGUGUGUGAAACACCUCACCACAAGCAGGUGUCCAGUCGCCUCCUAUACAGACAGAAAAGAGGACGGAGCUCUGUCCCAUCUGAGGAGUGCAUCGUAGAAGAGUCGCCAGUAAAGCCUGCAGACGACCUAAGAAGGAGCCCAAGGAUAAAGGCGUUUGCUCGAAGACACUCAAACAUCUUCUACUCGAGUUCUCAACCUCGCUCCCGCAACCUGGACAGGGCUCUCUCUGCGUCGCAGCUUUCUCUCAGCGAUGGCAGAAUCAGUGAGGUUAAUGUAAAGACAGUUCGGUCUCCCAUGCGUCUCCUUUUUGGGGCUGCUGAUUCCUCCGGUUGUCCGUCUGACCGGUCUUGUGCAACCAGGCUGACCAGGUCCCGGCUGUCCACAGACUCCAGUGUCUUUGAGAGUCCAAAUAAAACUCCAACAAGGCCACCCGGCAAAUGUGGGAGAGCCAUGGCUGGGAUCACAACACCCAAGACCCCUCGAACCUCAAGGUCCCCCAAAACCCCCCCUCCAUCAAGGAUGCCUGUUUUCCCUGUUGCACAGAGCCCUGUAGCAGGUGGCUCUCGUGAACUUGGUCCGGCUCUGAGAGGCAGUCCUUUCAGAUCUCCAGCCAGACAGACUCUGUUGGUAGAGACACCUACCAAGGAGAGCCCACUGAAGGGAAUCCUCCGUACUCCAGUCAAGGCCUUGGUCGAAUGCCUCUCCGCUUCUGGAUUACAUCUUCUCAAUAGCCCGAUUUCUAAGACUCCAAAGAAGAGUGUCACGUGGUCUCCAUCCCCUCGAAAAUGCCCAGUGUCGGAGAACAGUGUUGCUUUCAAGGUGCCAGAGUCUCCUCGUACCGCGUCCCGCACGUCGCCUCGACUGUUGAAAACACCGAGCAAGCUCAGCAGUCCUGUCAAAGUCACAAACACUAAAAGAGAUAUUUUCAAGACCCCAGAAAAGACUUGUCAAGUGAGCCUAGUGAGGGUUUCUGAAAAUGUAAUUUUGACACUUGAAAAACAUCAGAGGUCAUCUGAAAAAGUUCACAACGGGAUGAAAACACCUGAAAAAGGUGAUGCUGUCGGUCUACUGGAAAUGCCUCCUCCGCCAUGCACACCACCUCCAGUCCACCACCUCUCACCUCUCACUAGAACUCAACCCAAGACCCCUAGUCCUCCUCACAAAAUGAUCACUCGCUCUGGACGAACUCCAGGCAAAAGUUCAAACGUUGCAUCCCCGUGUAGGCCAGUAUUGACACCAGCGGGAUGUAGUAGUAGUUCAGAAAGUUCAGACACUUCGGCUAAGUCCCUGAGAAGAACACGGUCGGGUCAAGGUGCUGAAACAAUCAGAUCCCAGUCGAGUGAGAAUGUUGUGGAAAAGAACAUGCAGUCGGAUACAAAAGACGAGGUACGAGCCGAACCUUCCCAAACCUCUGAAACGGACUCUCAUUCCCACACAGAUUCACAGCAGUUUGAUUCUUCGUGUUUUAACUCCGCGUCCACAGACGAUGACAGUAUGGACAUUGUAGAUGCUGCAGUUGUAAAGACCCAGUUUAGUGGAGGUAUCAAAAUGAACAUAAGCUUUUCACGGAAGCCCUCGAAGUCCAGUGAAGACUUUUUGCCAAACGAAGUCGCUCCUAAAUCCCUCGUGCCAACGCAAGGCACACCUGGCCGGAUCUACGGCUUCCGGCAGACCCCGGACCGUCAACAGAGGGAGGCUGCUGCUCGCUUGGGCUACGGGAACGAAUCCCCUCGGUUUUCAACCCCUAGAGGCCCCGCAAGACCGAGUCGACAAAAGGGCAUGGCGACUCCGAAUCCUCUGACUUACCAAGUUGAAUUGGAAAUGCAAACAUCAGGACUUCCCAAGCUCAAAAUCAAACGCACAGAUUCCAUGAAUGCGGGCGAUUCGGGAGCUGGGAGCCCUUUAGUUUGUGUGAAACCUUCUCAGCUGGAAAGCCCCUUGGCUUUGUUUUCUAAGCACAGAGAUCCGUCCAUCUGUACUCAUGUCACUCCGGCCAAGAGCACGCCUGGAAAAGGUGGAAGCGUCCAAACUUACAUCUGCCAGUCUUACACCCCUACACGUCAUCCUGCGGGAACCAUGUCUCCGGUGGCAACUGCAGACAUCAUUCCCCUCACUCCUUCCCCUCAGAGUGUAGGGACGGUGACCCCGGACAACUUCAGCAGCUGGCCGCGCAGGAAGAGGGCUCAGAUUGGUGUGGGCGGGGGCAAGGAUCGCGGCCCGAAGGGGGAGCCGUUGCUGGCGGAGUUGCUGGAGGAAGCGGAGCUCGGAGUUAGCAGAUUGCAGGAUGUGGACGACGCGGACGAGCCUUCAAACUACAAAGCCACAAUAUUUUCUCUGGCUUCCAAACAGUCCUCCCCAGCUGGGGCAGAUGCGUCCCCUCUUUCCUCGGUGGAAGACUUGUACUGGACGGAGAUGCUGGCUCAGCAGACGGAUCCUCAGAGAGCAGAAGAAGACGUCAUCUGGGCCGCUGGAAGUGGAGACAUCAAGUCAAUCGCGACUCCUCCCAGCUCAAAGGUGAGGAAGCCGGUCACAACGAGUGGGAUUCUGGCCCUCACUCACUCUCCACUGUUGUUCAAGAGCAGAACGGGCUCUUCUAGUCAGAGAACGCCACAUUUUAAAGAUGAGGCCUCAUCGGGGAGGACGGUGGAGGUGGACGGAGUGGACGGCUCUCCCUUCAGCCAGCCGAUCAGACACUCAAACACGGGGAAGACCUACAGCAGGAAGAGGCUGCUUCACUGAACCGUCAGAAAGAUGAUCCAUUCUGUGUUUCUACUGUGAAGUUCUCCGCCAUGUUUCAUCAGGAGUGCUUUUGAUGAAAGAUGUCUUUGAAGCCCCGCUUGAAAGCCCUCUGCACAUGAAUGAGUGUCCCUUUCAGUCCCGAGCGUUUCUGUUCUAACCGGUGGCCUUUUGUUUUAAUCAUGACAUGUUAAGAUCGUAGUCUGGCUGAGCACCGAGAUGAGAAGCUAUGCAGUUCUGCCGAGAUGUUUAAAACUUUUCCUAUUUAAUGGUUUUAUCAUUCAAAGUAGGCCGUGUUCUCUGCACGGGUCUCUGUGAAGUUAACACGUUGGAAAUGGUGAUAUUACCUCAUCGUUGUUUUUCAAAGUUGUAAUAAGCAAAUUUACAAUCAAGUCUAAAGUUUGUUGAUAUACUAUUCAUGUUUAUUUAUUCGUUUGUUUUUUGUCAUAAACCUGCUUUUAAGUGACAGGGAAUGGCCUAAUGAUUGAUUCAGAUUGUAAAUAUCUUAUGUUACCAAAGUCUUAUGUAAAUAAAUAUCAGUUUUCUUAAUU